AUGAAGACGAGCCGCCGCGGCCGAGCGCUCCUGGCCGUGGCCCUGAACCUGCUGGCGCUGCUCUUCGCCACCACCGCCUUCCUCACCACGCACUGGUGCCAGGGCACGCAGCGGGUGCCCAAGCCCGGCUGCGGCCAGGGCGGGAGCGCCAACUGCCCCAACUCGGGCGCCAACGCCACGGCCAACGGCACCGCCGCCCCCGCCGCCGCCGCCGGGAGCGGCCCCCCUGGCGGCGCGCUCUACAGCUGGGAGACGGGCGACGACCGCUUCCUCCUGAGGAAUUUCCACACCGGCAUCUGGUACUCGUGCGAGGAGCAGCUCGGCGGGCCCGGUGAGAAAUGUCGCAGCUUCAUUGACCUGGCCCCGGCAUCGGAGAAAGGGGUGCUGUGGCUGUCGGUGGUCUCCGAGGUGCUCUACAUCCUCCUGCUGGUGGUCGGCUUCAGCCUCAUGUGCCUCGAGCUCUUCCACUCGAGCAGCGUCAUCGACGGGCUCAAGCUCAACGCCUUCGCCGCCGUCUUCACGGUGCUCUCAGGCCUCCUGGGAAUGGUCGCCCACAUGAUGUACACUCAGGUGUUCCAGGUCACCGUGAGCCUCGGCCCUGAAGACUGGAGGCCCCAUUCCUGGGACUACGGAUGGUCCUUCUGCCUGGCGUGGGGCUCCUUCACCUGCUGCAUGGCGGCCUCUGUCACCACGCUCAACUCCUACACCAAGACGGUCAUCGAGUUCCGGCACAAGCGCAAGGUGUUUGAGCAGGGCUACCGGGAGGAGCCGACCUUCAUCGACCCCGAGGCCAUCAAGUACUUCCGCGAGAGAUGCAAAAUCGAGGCCCAGAGAAGUGACAUGACUUAUCCAAGGUCACUCAGCUGGAUGGAGAAGGGGGACGGGAGCGAGGAGGAGGACUUCCGCUUGGACUGUCACCACGAGAGGUACCCCGCCCGACACCAGCCGCACCUGGGGGACUCCUGGCCCCGCAGCGCAGCACAGGAGGCGCCCGAGCUGAACCGCCAGUGUUGGGUCCUGGGACACUGGGUGUGA